UAGGUUUGGUGCGGUCAGCUGCUGCGAUUGACACCGAUCUCCACCGAGUGGAGGUUUAGCUGUUGGAACCCUUCUUCUUAUUGAGGAAGAUAAAUAUGGUAUUUACUCCAACUUGUUAUUCAAGUAUUUUCUCGCAGAGGGAAUUGUAUCUGGACAUCAUUUGUUUGUUGCUUCUGCCAAAGAAGAUCCUGCUGAUAUCUUGAAGGAGCUUCCAGCACCUCUGCUUGAUGAUAUCUACAAAAAUGAAGUGAAUGAAGAAGAAGCAGUUUUUAAAUCUAAAGAAUCUCAGGACUACAUGAAGAUCGCCUGGCGUUACCAGAAUUUACCAAAAAUGGAGGCUAGCCCAGCAGCUUCUUCAAGGUUUGGUCACUAUUAUGAUGUAUCAAAAACAUUGUCUCCAGAACUGCUUCAGUCUACAAAAUGGCAUCGUUUUUUCCUUCCUGAAGAAAUAUCUUUACAGCCUAACAUUAACAUUUGUAAUAUGACCUCUGGUUACACCAGGCUGCUUCAGUCCAUCCAGAGGAUCAUUUACCAGGAAGGAUUUGAUGGAUCCCAUCCCCAGAAAAAACAAAAAAAUAUUCUGCGGAUAGGAAUUCAGAACCUUGGUUCAGUGUUGUGGGGUGAAGACAUUUGUUGCACUGAUAAUCCAGAAGACGUUCAUAGCCUCACAAAGUUUCUCUACAUUCUCCGCAGUCUCCUCAGAAUGUCUUUGUCAGCCUGCAUCAUCACAGUGCCAGCUCAUCUUAUCCAGAUUCCUCAGCUUAAUUGCUUGAUCUGUGAUGUAUCAGACACGAAGGACCUGGCUUUUAGAUUAAAAAGGAAGCUAUUCACCAUUGAGCGACUGCAUUUGCCUCCAGACUUGUCAGACACAGUGAGCCGCUCAAGCAAACAGGAUCUGGCAGAAUCCGCCAAACUGCUGAGCUCAGGAUGUGGUGCUAUGGCCAUGGGCAAGAAGCACCUGGACUUCUAGUGAUUUCUACUUAGCAGUUUCACUCAGAUUUAUAUGACACUCUAAUUAUGACUGCUAAUGACUUAUAUAAAUAUUUUUCUUAAUGAUUUGACCCAGCAGUCCUUAAAAAUGCACAUUAUAAGAUAGUGCCUCAUUUUCUCAUUCUAAUUUCUUUGGACACAUUUGCAGAUUUUGGCUUUGGGUUUGUUUGGGUUUUUAAAAAAUAUUUACAACAUAGGUUUUGUUACAUUAGCAAAUGAUGACUUUACUCCCAACUGAAAUAGAAUAGUACAUUUGUUCUUGUCACAAAAAAUCAGAAUUUCUUUUGCUGUUAAAUUUCAAGAUGUAUUACCAAACAAAGCCAACUGUGAUGUGUUAUCCAAGUAAAUUAACCUGUUUAAUAGGAUUUGUAUCAAGCAUAUAAUAUAAAUGUGAAAUAUAAUUUUCUUUAAUGAACAUAAAUGGAGGUAAGGCAGUCAUUAUUAAAUGUUGUUGUUUAAAAGGCAAGUGUCAAUUAUUAUUUUUAAAAAGCUCAUUUUGUAUAUUUGAAAAUAUAAUUGUUAAAACUAAAAAUGGAUUACAUUAUUUUAUCAAAUAUGUAACAGUGCUUAGAAAUAAUGCUUUAGAGGAUUUCAUGUGUUUUAAUAUGUCAAUAAUUAAAUUGAUGAAGAAAGAAUUUCUCCAUAGUAAGAAUACAUUAUAGAUAAUUAGUUUGCCUUAUGGGUUAAUAAAUAUAUUAAAAUGCACUUGAGUGGAAUUUACUAAACAUAGAAAAAAGAAUUGAUUUCCUUAUGUGGUUCAAAACAGUAAUCCUAAACAAUUGAAGUCAGCACUAUGAAAUUAUGUCAACAGACAUAAUUCAAGAUUGAAAUUCAAACUGACAGCUACAUUAAUGCUAGAAAACCAGAAGAGUGCAUUGGAGCUUGGGGAAGAGCAUCACCGAAUGCUUGUCUAAAACAGAGCAGAAAUAAAACUAAUUCAAGUUUCCAUGCCAUCAUAUACACUAUUUGUGAAUUUAUGAAUAUUUUCAGGAUUUGUGCACGCGCGUGUGUGUGUGUGUGUGUGUGUGUGUAUACACACACACACAUAUCUCCAAAUAGAAAACUAUUACAUAUUUUUAAACAUCUCCUAUAUAUGACUUCAUAUUUGGAAUACUAGGCAGUGUUGACAUGUAAAUUAAACUAUUUUGUAUUAUUUAUUAUGAAGCUGAUGUCCAGUUUAAAAGGUAGUAUAUUGUCCUCCAUGGAACUUCCAAAUCAACCAUCUCAAAGAUUAUAUUACAGUUUCAACACUCAGUCUUUAUAAUAGGAUAUAAUAUGGAUAUAUUGGAAAUUGACUCUUCAAAGAACAUUUUAAUCUAAUGCAAUAAUAAUGUAUUUUGAUGGGGUUGAAACCAAAAGUUGGUUAAAUGGUUUGGUUUUCUUAUGCAAUCCAGGUUUUACUUUAUUUUUUUCUUGACAACUCAGUGUGUAAAACAAAGACAUAGCUUUUAAAACUGUCUAACUAAUAUGAUGAAUGUCAAUCACUUAAAAAACUCCACUGUAGCAUAAACACAUACUGUAUACAGCUUUUAUUCUGAAUUAGAAUAAUUGAAUCAAUGACAGUGAUUUGCCAGGAUGUCAAAUCUAUCCAUCAUAUCCUGUCACUACCAGUUUAUUUUUUGUGAUCAAAAUCAAAAAGACUACUAUUUUGUCAUCAGCUAUUUCAUUAGUGGUAACAAUCAGUUUUUUUCUUCUUUUUUUUUAAAUAUACCUGUUUUAUUUUUUAUUUCUAAAGACGCAAAUCCUUUUUUGAUCUUUUCAAAAUAAAGUUUCAGUACUGAACUGUCAGUUUUACAAAGCUAAAAGAUGUCUACAUUCUUAUGCCAAUAUAUUUAAAACUUCAUCAUUGAUUUCAAAAGCAUCAUUUCUCUUUUUGCAGUCUAUACAACUGUUAGCAGAAAUUAUCAAAUACUUAACUGUGACUUCUGAAAGUAUUAAGUAAUUUAAAUAUCUGAGUUCAAGUAAUUUUAACAAAAUUAACAUUUUACUUAAUUUUUUACUUUUUUAUAUAAAUAAGCAACAGGAAAUAUAGUAUGUGCCUUUCAAAUGUAAACUCAGGAUAGGCAAAUUGUUUGUCAGCAUACUGAAUAGGUCAUUGAUUUAUCACACAGGUGGAAAAUGUCACUCAAAUUCACAACCAAUCACUAGUUACAUGUUACUUGAAAAUUGGUAAUUAGUACUAUAUGUUUGAGUGGAGAUAUAUAUAUAUGAAACAUAUAGUACUAAAUACCAAUUUUCGAGUAACAUUAUAUAUCUCAAAAUACUGUGCAUCUGUAAGACAUUAAUUUCAAAUGACUAAAUAGAUUAGCAUAGAAACUAAAAAUGUUUUUUGAAUAAAAGUGAAAGUAGAAAUCCCACAGAAAAUCUUGAUUUUUUCCACUUUUUUUUUGAUUCACUUAAACAUGCUAUUUAAAAUAAGUAUUACAGCAUCCAGAUUUACAUUGGUGUUCACCUGAGGCAAAAACAUGUACUAAAAUUUUCUUCUCUUUUCCUCCAAAAUACUAUAUCAGCAAUAACAGUAAAUUACAAUGAUAUGGUUUAUACAGCAAAAAUGAUAAGUAAAAUACUA